UAUUCCUAAGUAAAAUGAGCAAAUCUAGCUUAGCAACAGUUGUUGGAAAGGGACAUAACUUUCAUUGGAGGGGAAGGUGCUGUCAGUCCAUUAUGACAGAAGCUUCGCAACACUGAUACUAUCUAAGCAUGGGCAGGAUUCUCACUCUUAGGGCAUCACUUCAGAAGAUCUAAAGCCUUAGCAGCACUGUGGAAGUGGCGUGAUGAAUCCAGCAGUUUCACAGCCCACUAAGAAUGAGAGCUCCACCCUCGGUAAAGUAGCUGCCCACAUCCCUGACCUCAUUGUGUAUGGUGAUUUCUCACAGGAUUUGCCCUUCAUUGAAACUUUUGAUGGAGUUCUCCUCUUCAUAGACAUUUCAGGUUUCACAGCACUAACUGAAAAAUACGGCACAAACACCAACUUCGAGAGUGGCGCUGACCAGCUGACCCAAACACUGAAUCGAUAUGUGGGUGACAUCGUGGAGGAGGUGUUGGUUUUCGGAGGCGACAUAUUGAACUUUGCAGGGGAUGCUUUGCUGGCACUCUGGAGAGUCAGCCGUCAGUAUAUCAAUGACAUCGUCAUUCUGGCCCUGAAAUGUAGCAUGAGAAUCCAGGAAGAGUACGGUGUCCGUGACACAGAAGUGGGGUUGGAGCUGCGAGUGAAAAUAGGAGUAUCUGCAGGCCACAUGUCAAAAGUUGUUGUUGGAGAUAACAGGCACCAAUAUUUCCUGGUAAUUGGCCGGGCAGUGGAUGAAGUGCGAUUGGCUCAGAACCUAGCACAACCAGGUGAAAUUAUUCUGUCGCCAAAUGGCUGGGAGCUCUGUCACCGGAAACUCGUUGAGAUCCAAAAGAUUCCUAAUGAACGAGCUGUCAAGGUUAAAUACCUCAGGAGCAGCUCUAAAGAGUUUGAUGAAGAUGGGUUCUAUGAGAGAUGUGCAAGUCAUCUGGCUGACAAUCACAUCUGUGACGGCAUGGAGGUGCUGAGAAAAGCCUCGGUACUGGCUCCAGAUGCAGAACUUGAGAAAAGACUGCGAAAAUUUGUAACAAGGAAUGUCUUGAAGAAGAUUGAUGAUGACCAGCCGCUGGAGUACUUGUCAGAACUUCGUCCAGUUACCAUAGUCUUCGUGAACCUUCAGUUUGAAGAAAGCGCCAAUACUCUCCACCUGUCCAAGGCUAUUCAGGAUGCCAGCAUUUAUAUCACAGACACAUUACGCCCCUUCAGAGGCAAGAUCAACAAAGUCUUCAUGUUUGACAAAGGCUGUACUUUCCUUUGCGUUUUUGGUCUCCCUGGAGACAAGCAAGCGGAUGAGAGCGCGCAUGCUCUGGAUUGUGCCCAUAAGAUCCACGGCUUUUGUUCCACGUCACUCAUGAAAGUAAAGCUUGUCUCCGUUGGGAUCACCAGUGGGCCAGUGUUCUGUGGAGUAGUUGGUCAUCGUGUGAGACACGAAUAUACAGUAAUUGGCAGCAAAGUGAACCUGGCUGCCCGGAUAAUGGUUUACUAUUCCGGGUUAGUGACCUGUGAUGCAGUCACCUACUCUGAAUCCAAGUUGCCGCCCUAUUUCUUUCAAGAGGUCCCAUUAACUCCAAUGAAAGGCAUUCUGAACCCUGGAACAAUCUAUAAAUUUCUUGGUAUCACAGAGAAAACAAUGAUGUUCAAGGCAUAUCUGACCAAGGAGAGAUCUGAAAAUUAUCCUUUACUGGGUAGGAAGAGAGAGACUGAUUUCUUUGAAGACUUGGUGGAAAAAUUUAAAAUCAUCCAAAAAAGCCACGUCUUAAUGUAUGAAGGUCACUUGGGAUAUGGGAAAAGCCAGUUAAUGAGUGAAAUUGCGUACUUAGGGCAAGCAGAAGGCCAAAAGGUUGUGGCUACGGAGCUAACGAAGAUAAAUUUGUCACAGAGCUUCUUCACCAUCCGGAUCCUCAUGGCUAUGUUCUUGGGAAUCGAUACCUGCAAAUCCUUUGAUUCCAGGCAGCACAUCCUUCAGCACAACAUCCGUGGGGCAGUGGAGGAAUCCUAUUUUUGCCUCUUCAACAGCUUCUUUUACGUUAAGUUUCCCACUUCAGAAGUUGUUUCAAAAAUGGAUAUGCAAAGGAGGCAUGCAGAGAUGGAAAUAAUUCUUGGAAAGAUUCUCUUCAAGGCAUCAGAGAAGGAAACCAUUAUCUUUGUAAUUGAUGAGGCUCAGUUCAUCGAUUCCGCCUCCUGGGAAUUCCUGGAUAAAUUGGUCUUGAAUGUCCCCAUCUUUAUGGUCUUGUCUUUGUCUCCUUUUGACCAAAGGAGACAACCGCUGUGCUCUGCUGCAGCUCGAAUCCUGGGCAGUCCGGCAAACACUUACAUUAGAUUAAAGGAGUUGACUCCUGCGGUGAUCGCCCAGAAGGCUUGCCAGGACCUUGGGGUGGUCAGUAUCGCCAGGGAACUUGAGACGUUCUUAGUACAAAGAAGCCAUGGAAACCCAUUGUUUUGUGAGGAACUUCUCCACAACCUCCAUGUAAACAGUGUCCUUCAGUACCACGUAGUAGAACAAGAUGAAGACAGUGAGGAUGAGUGGGACAGCCUUUUCACCACUGCUCUUCUGAAGCCUCAAAACUCCAAAUCCCUUGAAAACAAUGUGAGUGAAGAAGAGUAUAUUUGCACCGUCAAGCAGAAUGUGAAGCUGCACAACAUAAUGCUCCCGCCUACAUUAAAAGGGAUUGCUCUGGCUGAAUUAGACAACAUGAGCCCUUCGGAGCAGAUGGUAGUGAAAUGUGCAGCUAUCAUUGGUGCGACUUUCAGCACAGAAUUGCUCCUCCACAUCCUUCCUGAAUGGACCAAGAUGAAAAUGAACCAGACACUAGCAGCUCUGGUGGAAUCCCACACAUUUGAGUGUUUUUCUGAAGGAAAAGAGCAGAAUGCUAAAGAAUUCAGUAGUUCUUGCUUUUAUUCUCUCACCACGGUAGCAACUUGUCUUUCAGAUCUUGGGCAAGUCAUUGCCAACCGGAUCAAGCAUGAGGAGGCAGUGAUGCAAUGCAAAGUCAUGAAUUUCUGCACACCACUGUUGUCAGAGACUGCCUAUGAGCUCUGGCUCAACAGCCAGAAAAUAGCAUUACACCUCAAGUGUGCCAGUUAUCUGGAACGUGGCGCUCACCAGUGCAAGUACUGUGGGGAAGGGGAUUUCAUAGCUUUCCACCGCUACGCCGUGGAGGGCAUGCUGUGGAAAAUAGAUUCACAGGAGCUUAGAAAUGAGCCAGAGAAGGACAACCUGAGUGAAGCUGCUUCAGAAAUUGUGUCUCUCACAAUGAGAACCGUAGGAUCAUUGGGCAAUGCAUUCUUCAAGGAAAUUGAAAUAUCAAAACACAUGUUUAGAAAAGGCACACUGGACUUCACCCGGAUACCGUUAAAUCUGGCAGACUUCUUUAGACAUGAGGAUACAGAAAAGGCAUUUAUAGUCAAGCUGGAUGAAAUCCUCGAGAUUAUUCGAUCAGGCAAGAACAGUGUCAACAACAUAGGUUACUGUUAUUGCAAAGAGAUUGUGGAGUCUGUCAUCGUGCCCUUGUCUCACCACUGUAUGGCUCUGGGGAACUACGCCCGUGCCUUUUAUUACUUGCUGGAAUGUGCUGCUGCCUACGUACGCCUGUCCAAUAACUACAUGGCCUUUACAUACCUGAAUACGGCAGAGUGCCUGUUGAGAUCCUUGGAGACCAAACAGAAAGUUAUUAGCCAGUUUGAGAUGUCUGUUUUGUACAGUCUCAAGGGUGAGGUCUCGUACAAUAUGGGUCAGAUUCAUUUAGCAAAAAAGAUGGAGAAGAAAGCUUUGGAUUUGUUGAAGAAAAGUUUCCCGGGGACCAUCGUUGGAGCUUUUUUCAUGUCCAUGGUGGAAACUUCCAAACAUAUGUCCCGUCAGAAGAAGCAGAAUACUUUGCAAAUGGUUAAUGGCAGAGAGAAGAGAUUAGCUGUUCUUUACCAGCAGGGUCGCUGCCUCUCUGUACUGUGGCAGGCCUUUAGCUUGGAUCCUGCUGCGAACAGUAAGAAGUUCUCCUACUUGGCAGCUCUCAUGACUGUGAACUGUGCAGAGGAGUCUCAGGACAAGGCCCAGAUAAUCUCCUCCUACAUGGAAUUCUCACUCUGCUGUCAGCUGAUUGGCUGUCAGCAAGAAUGGAUGAAAUAUGAGGAAAUGGCCAUCAAGCGUAGUUCAUACCUUCGAAUUGUUGGAGGAGAACUGUUUAUAAUAGCUAAGGUGGCGGCAUCAUUGGCCUACAUGAAGCUUUGCUUAGGGAACCUGCUUUUGGCUUCCAGGCUGGGCUUUCGAGCACAUGAACUUUGUGACCGGAUACAUAAAUCUAAACUCAACUGUAGUGUUCUCUUUGACCUUUUCAAUGCUCUUUUCCUCAGAGCCAGUUUUGCUGAAGCUGUCAAGGUACUGAGUUGGUUGGAGAGGCUCUCGUUUCGAGAUGACGAUAUCAUUGGGAAGGCCUGCUUCAUUUCUGGCUGCAUGGAUCUCAUGCUUUAUGCUAGUUUUUCAUAUAAGCCAUUUCAAUAUUGUCAAGACUUCGUUAUUACCAGUGGAACAAACUGCAUCCUUGUGUCUCAAAACAGCAUCAUGCUCAGCUUGUACACUUCUAUGGCCAUAUGGUUUGCCAGACUUAAUUUCUGGGAUGAAUUCAAAGAGCCGUUUGAACAGGCAAGAAGACUGGUGAGAAGAAUGAGCAACUCGCUAUCUGCUAAUUACGGCUUCUGCAAGUAUGUGGAGUGUGAGGCUCUGUUGUUACAAAACUGUAUCGGAGAGAGGCCUGACAGAGUUCGUGAGCUGCGCAACAGGAUGUCAAAGAAUUUGGAGCAGGCAAUGAUACAGUGCUCUACAAGCCCAGUCUACUACCCUAGGGUUUACCAUCUUGAGGCCUAUGUCCAAUUGAUGCUUGGAGAUGAUGAACAGAGCCAAAUUUCUCUUGACAUGGCAAUCCAGGACUGUUAUGAAAACUAUCUGGAGAGAACAUGGCUGACAAUUAGCCAGGAAUGGUGGUUCACUGGAAAAACGGCCAUGGAAGAUGAGUGGUUAAACAUGGCUCCAGAUUUUCCACUGUGGAACGCAGGAAUGUCAAACGACGAUCUUAAAGAAUUGGAGAAAAGCAGGUACCUGCUGAAGAUGCCAGAGUUGGACAUUAACAAUCCAUUCCCAGAAACAAGUAGUGAUGAACAUAUUUCAUAGCUCUGAAGUAUUUGUCAGGCCAAGGAUGUCCCCAGGAGCCCUUCAUAUCUACAAGCAGUUGCCCUCCAGCUUGCAAAUAAACACACCAGAUAACAAAGCUUG